AUGGAAACAGAAGUCAUAGACCGGGUACGCGGAUGGGGCAUCCGGUACCAAGGAACAACAAACCCACUGGAGUUCCUAAGCAAAAUGGAACAGUGGGCAGGCGGAUACGGAAUACGGAAGGACCAGCUGAUACAGACGAUGCCAUUCAUCCUGGAGGGGAUCGCGAGUGAUUGGUGGAACACCACGCCGAGCAGGAUCGUAACAUGGACUCAGCUCAGAACAGAACUUCUAGAAUAUUUUUUGCCGCCGAGGUAUGAGGAACAGUUGGAGAAUCAAAUUGCACAGAUGAAACAGAGAGAAACGGAGCCCGUAAGAGAAUACGCAAUGGGGCUACGAAAACUCAUGCAAUUCACGAAACUCUCAGAAGAGGCCAAGCUGGACCGAGUAUACAAAAACAGCAGGAGCAAGAUAAAGCUGUACGCUAGGAGGGCAGGAUUCAACUCGUUGACAGAGUUCCUCAAACUAGCGGAAGAAGUAAAAGAAAUAGAGGCAGAGGACCGGACACAGGCAAGCCAACCUGCACAGCAGCAACUAGGACCGGAGAUAUGCAUGCGCUGCGGAGGAACAUGA